UAAGAUUGGUUUGUUUGACUUUUUUGUCAUCGAUUCACGCUAAAGGGAUAUAAGAGCUGCUUUUCCUUGUUCAUCAGCGCAGUUUGCUGAAAAACCCUCUUCAUUUUGGACGCCGAUUGUGAAAUUAAACGAAGGAAAAAUGGAAAGGCCCACUAGAGAUGAGGAUAAACCUAUGAAACCUGUGAGGGAUUUCGCAGCACCUCCUAGAUUUUUGGGACCGCCGAUCAAGGCAGGCGAUCCCAUCCCCAGUCCGGCGCCUCAGCACGCGUACGAACGCAUGCUGGCUGAGCAAAACCGAGUGUCCGAACCAGAAUCGUUGAUUUCACCUGGACCCGAGGAGGAGAGCAAGGCUGACCUAAGAGGCGGUGCCGACGUGUGUGGAAGAGCCCCUAUGCUUCCACUUGGGGCAGGUGGACCCGCGCCACCCACGAAAGAGACCUUUCAAGCCGUACAACAUGUAGUGUGUAGUUUGAAACAAGUACCAGAGCCAGUCAAGUUGCCACUGGGCGCUGGAGGACCUGGACCACGCAGGCAAGCACCUCCUCUGCCUCUUGUAAAAGAUGAUAAAACAUCCUAAAACGUAAAAAAUAAUUUAGGCCAAUAUAUUAAUAGUUUUUUCCCUGAUUAUUUCUGUUUCAAGCAAUCUAGUCAAAAAUAUUAAUAAAGAACAAACAA